GCGCACGGGCCCGUGACGCGUCCUCAGCGCGCGCGUCACGGGCCCGCCCCGUGGCGCCGUCCUUGCCGCGCGUUCCUGACGCCCGUCCCUCCUUGCCCUCUCCGAGCCUCCGAGGCGUGCGCUGAGGCUGGACACGGAGGAGGCUCGAAGUGAGCGAGGCGUUGCCACUGCGCCUGGGGAAUGCGGUGGGCGACCUCGCGAGUGAUUUCCCUCUGAGUCGGGGCCGCGAUUAAAAGGGCGACGCGGGCGACCGUCUGUCCCUUGCUUCUUAGCCACCUCAAUUCACCCCCCUGCGUGCGAAGUCGCGAACGGAGCGCGACCCAGGAGUCGCGAACGACUCGAGGCGGCAGCAAGAGCAGCAGGGUCAGCAGCUGCAAGGAGCGUAGUCUGCAGCAGCAGCAGCAGGUGUGGUCAGCACCAUCAGCAGUAUAAUCAGCAGCAGUGAUAGCAGCAGCAGCAGCAGAAAGCAACAUAAAUCAUCAACAAGCAGCAGCAUAAUCAUUCACAGAAUCAGCAGGGUUCAUCCCAUUAACAGUAACAUCCGUUGCAGAAUAAUCAUCAGCAGCAGCAUAACGAGCAGCAAAUAUCAGUCAUCGUAGCAACAUCAUCACCACUCGGAGCAGCAACACCACCCUCGGCACCAGUAUCAUCAUCAUCAGGAGCGGAGGGCGCGUCCCGGGAUGGAGGUGGGCCACAUCGGCACGCUGCCCGUGGCCCCCGCGGGGCCCGUGUUCCCCGGCAGCUUCAAGGAGCCGCGGCGCCUCUACUGCCGCAGCGCGGGCCACCACCUCCAGAUCCUGGGGGACGGCACCGUGAGUGGCACCCAGGACGAGGACGAUCCCCACGCCGUGCUGCAGCUGCAGGCGGUGCGCCGCGGGGUGGUGACGAUCCGCGGGCUCCGCGCCGAGAGGUUCCUCGCCAUGAGCACGGAGGGACACCUGUACGGGGCGGAGGCCAUAAAUGACGAGUGCUACUUCAUCGAGACGCUGGAGGAGAACUUCUACAGCACGUACUGCUCUGAGAAGUACGCCGAGUGGCGCUGGUACGUGGGCAUCAAGCGCAGCGGCCGCGCCAAGCCGGGCCCGAAGACGGCCCGCGGGCAGAAGGCCGUGCACUUCCUGCCUAGGCCCGUGAAGUGAAAGGCCCUGCCCCCCCCCCGCCCUUCCUGUCACCCGGCCCGGUGCGAGUGGGAGGCCAGGCAGCCGGCAGGCCAUCGCCACUCACGCAACACCCCCGCCCCUGCGUCCCCAGCUGCCGACCGCAGAACUGGGCACGUGGAUGUCGCCAAAUUUGGGUCUGACAGAGGGCCCCUUAGCAACGCCCCUACCACAAGGACCUCCUGCAAAAUAGGGUAUUGCGGCCCCUGUGUGGGGGGCGGGGGGGGGGGUUGUGAAGGUCUCCUGAACCCCUGAACCGCACGGCUGCCGCCCUCCCGCCGGUGCCUGCGACGCGGUCGCUAUGAUUCGGUUGCGCGACCAAUCGGCUCGACUCGCGACCCAUCUCAGUUGCGCGACCAGUCGGCUCGACUCGCGACCCGUCUCGGUUGCGCGACCAUUCGGCUCGACUCGCGACCCGUCUCGGUUGCGCGACCGGUUGCCGCUCGCGCUGGAGGCGGACUCGGCCGCCGGGUGGCAGCAACCCGCCCGGUGAGCCGCGGCGCCGCGGCACGACGGGCGCCACGAACCCCCGACGCGUUCAGCCCUCGCGCGACAACCGGCUAGGGCAUCGACAGAGCGGCACCCCAAGCCUGCGAUCGACGCCGCUGAUUAACUCCGGCCCACUCACCGGCGGCCAGUCGCCUCCUUAUUGCUCUACUGUCGCUACUACUACUACUACCAUGGUUACUGUUCCCGUGAAUUUCACUCAUUUAGAUUCCUCCACCCGUGUUGAGGACUCGGUUGACCAGACACACAGACUGUGUCAUCUCAGCCAUCUCACUGCGUUCAACCACCACACUGCAGGUCACAACAAGGCACUCCACACUCUCUCUGGUGGCCACGUGGUGCGUGCCGGUACACUGCAUUGUCAAUCGUCGAAUUCUUCGUUCGGAAGCUCACGGUGACCCUGAUGGUUACGCGCAGUGGUCCAUCGGACUCACCCACCCUCCCACUCACCUACUCACCCACCCACUCAACUACUCACCCACACACUAAGCUACUCACCCACCCACUCACCUACUUACCCACACACUAAGCUACUCACCCAACCUCUCACGCACCUACUCAGCAGUCCAUCGGCCUGGAACUCACUGCCGUUGCGCCAUGUUUGAGACUCUUCACAGACAUUUCACCAGUUCAGUUAGAAGAUGCAACACAGAACUGUGUCAUAGAGCUUGCAAUGUGUACAUAGUGUGCACUCGUGAUAAUCUAGAUUAUAAGAGUUGCGCGUUUAUAAAUGUACUUACUUAGUCACCCACCCACUCACCCAUCCUCCCACCCACUCACCCAUCCUCCCACCCACUCACCCAUCCUCCCACCCACUCACCCAUCCUCCCACCCACUCACCCAUCCUCCCACCCACUUACCACCUUCCACACUGCUGCAGUGGAAUUCCCUCUCUCACCAUCAUCAUCGAAGUCAUCUCUUUUCCAUCAGCUCUAUCAAUAACCUUGCUCAAUUCAGGAAGCGUGUUAAACUCUUGUAUAUUACAUCAUUUAUAGUGCUGCUUGCUGCUGUCCGCUUGAGCAGCGGAUCGACCAUGUCUGUUUUAAUAUUUUGUCUAACCCAAAAAAAAUCUGUAUUUUAGAUGACCAUAUCUGAUGGUGACGUUCCCACAGGGGACGCAUUGAGUGCCUGCGAGCGGGUGACGCGACGUCGUUCGGCUGUGGGGAACAUGCUUCGCGGGUAGAAGUAACUUAUUAUUAUUAAUAUUAUUGUUGUUGUUGUAACGGAGGCAUUCACCGUGAUGUGUACAUCCGCGCGUUCUGAUGUAGGGUGAAUACAUAGUCGCCAAGC